UGUUUUUUCCCUUCUAAUACUCCUGACAAUCGCACAAAGCUCCUGUGGGGCCGUUGUCUUUUUAAGCAUAAACACUCUCUCAGGGUCUCAGUUCUUUCUAAUCCUAUUGCAUAGCCACAGCCAAAUCACAGUCAUGGCCUGUAUUUCUUUCCUUUCUCUCUUCCUCCUAGCCAUCUUCUUCUCCGCCACCGCCAAGCAAACCUACAUAGUCCAUAUGAAACACAGCUCCAAACCUCAAUCCUUCGUCACCCACAACGACUGGUACGCUUCUAGUCUCCAAUCCGUCACUUCCUCCUCCGACUCUCUUCUGUACACCUACAACGCUGCAUUUCCUGGUUUUGCUGCCUCCCUUGACCCUGAGGAAGCUGAAUCCCUUAGAAAGUCUGAAGCCGUUCUUGAUGUCUAUGAAGACACCGUUUACUCUCUGCAUACCACUCGCACUCCUCAAUUUCUUGGUCUCAACACUGACUUUGGCUUGUUCGAUGGGCAUAACACUUUAGAUAUUGAUCAAGCUUCUCACGAUGUUAUCAUUGGGGUACUUGACACUGGGGUCUGGCCUGAGUCCAAGAGUUUCGAUGACACGGGCAUGCCUGAAAUCCCAAGUCGGUGGAAGGGUGAGUGUGAUUCUGGCAAAGGUUUCAGCCGUAAACUCUGCAACAAGAAGUUGAUUGGAGCUCGUUAUUUUUCAAAGGGCUACCAUAUGGCAUCUGGUGGUAGUUACUUGAAGAAUCCUAAAGAAAAUGAGUCUCCUCGUGACCAAGACGGCCAUGGAACUCACACUGCUAGCACAGCCGCCGGCUCACAGGUGGCCAAUGCUAGUUUACUAGGAUACGCCAGUGGUAUUGCUCGUGGGAUGGCCACGCACGCGCGUUUGGCUAGCUAUAAGGUGUGUUGGAGUACUGGUUGUUUUGGAUCCGACAUCCUCGCAGGAAUGGAUCGGGCCAUUGCGGACGGUGUUGAUGUGCUCUCGCUUUCUCUCGGUGGCGGAUCCGCACCGUAUUAUCGCGACACCAUUGCCAUUGGAGCUUUUGCUGCAAUGGAAAGGGGAAUUUUUGUCUCCUGCUCCGCCGGUAACAGCGGACCCAAUAAAGCCACUUUGGCUAAUGUGGCUCCCUGGAUCACGACCGUUGGAGCCGGAACUUUGGACAGGGAUUUCCCAGCAUACGCAGUGUUGGGUAACAGAAACCGCUUCACAGGCGUUUCGCUCUAUAGUGGAAAGGGAAUGGGGAAGAAACCGGUGGGUCUGAUUUACAACAAGGGGAACAAUUCAAGCAGUUCAAGCAAUUUGUGCUUGCCCGGUUCGCUGGAACCAGCUUUGGUUCGUGGGAAAGUCGUGGUUUGCGAUAGAGGAAUAAACGCUCGCGUAGAAAAGGGUGUAGUGGUCCGCGACGCUGGCGGGAUUGGGAUGAUACUUGCAAACACGGAGGUAAGCGGUGAGGAAUUGGUGGCAGAUAGCCACUUAUUGCCGGCGGUAUCGGUGGGAAGGAAGGCGGGUGAUAUGAUUAGAGAGUAUGUGAAGAGCCAUCCAAACCCAACUGCUGUGUUGAGUUUUGGUGGGACGGUUUUGAACGUGCGACCGUCACCGGUGGUUGCGGCGUUCAGCUCUAGAGGUCCUAAUCUAGUGACACCGCAAAUCCUGAAGCCUGAUCUGAUUGGCCCUGGAGUCAACAUCUUAGCCGCAUGGUCACAGGCUGUAGGACCCAUUGGAUUGGAGAAGGACACCAGGAAGACUCAAUUCAACAUCAUGUCAGGAACAUCCAUGUCUUGCCCACACAUCAGUGGAGUAGCUGCAUUGCUAAAGGCAGCACAUCCAAGAUGGAGCCCAAGCGCAAUCAAAUCAGCCCUCAUGACCACCGCCUACGUGGUUGACAACACCAACUCCCCUCUGCGGGAUGCUGGGAGCGUUACUGGUGCACCCUCCAACCCAUGGGCUCAUGGCUCUGGCCAUGUAGACCCACACAAAGCCCUCUCUCCUGGCCUCGUUUAUGAUAUCUCAACUGACGAUUACGUUACAUUCUUGUGCUCUCUCGGCUACUCUCUUGAUCAUGUUCAAGCCAUUGUCAAGCGCCCUAACGUUACUUGUUCGAGGAAAUUCAGCGACCCUGGUGAGCUCAAUUACCCAUCAUUCUCGGUGGUGUUUGCAGGCAAAAGGGUUGUAAGAAGGUAUACCCGAGAGUUGACCAAUGUGGGGAAGGCAGGAUCCGUAUAUGAAGUGGCCGUGACUGCGCCAUCUGCGGUGGUGGUGAAAGUGAAGCCAACCAAACUUGUAUUCAGAAAUAUAGGAGAUAAACUUAGAUACACCGUAACUUUCGUUGCAAAGAAAGGCGCAAACGAGGCUGCUAGAUAUGAAUUUGGUUCAAUAGCAUGGAGAAAUGCUCAACACCAAGUGAAAAGCCCAGUUGCCUUUGCUUGGACGCAGUUGUAAGGUCUCUUGUUCAAAAUGGGUUUUCGCUUGUUGGGCCUUUGCAUCAAGAAAAAGAGCUGCAAAGAGGCUUCGAUCAAUGGGAGACGUUCGUUUUAUGUGUUUUCUUUGGCGUUUUGCCAUUAAAAAAAUUAGAUACCCGAAGGUAACGUUUGGGGAAGUUUAAGGUUUAUAUUAUUGUGUGCUUCCAAAACUAUUGUAAUAGAAUGGCAUAAAUGAUCUUUUGCAUAAUUAACUUA